AUGAUUUUUUAUCUCAUUGAUCUUUCGUUAGUUAAUGCUUGGCUAUUGUAUCGUCGCUAUUGUACACAACUUCGAGUUCCAGAAAAAAAGAUAAUGUCCUUGUUAACAAUUCGUGUUAAUACAGCUGAAGCUUUGUUGAAAUCUAGUCCGCUGUCACCAGUAUCAGCUCAUCGUGGUCGUCCAUCAUUGCAAUCAAUUGAUAAAAAUAAUCCUCCAUCACAACCAACAGUUGCACCAAAUCCGGCUCCAACAACAAGUGUUCGGUUUGAUAAAUAUGAUCAUUGGCCUGUUGCAGUAGAAAAAGGUCGUUGUCGAAAUCCUGGCUGUAUGGGCUAUUCAAGAAUAUCAUGCUCAAAAUGUAAACUGUGUCGAUGUUUGAACAAGUACAAUAAUUUGUUUAAAGCCUAUCAUCAUCAUUAA